UUUUCCCACUUCACUCUCAUCAUAUUAUUCUGCAUUCGACGAGUAACGGAAAUUUGUAAUCGAAUUCGGAUCGAAGAAUCAGAUCUCGCAAUGUUCGGGAAACAGCAGAAUCAUCAUCAUCAUCAUCAUCAUCAUCAUGCUUUCUCCAGACCCAUCAUAGCCAAAGCUCUAGUCUGCAUAGCUUUCUUCCUCCUCUUAAUCUCUCUAUUCGUCAUCCCCUGCAUCUUCCUUUCCUUCGACCGGCCCUCCUUUUCCUAUCCGAACCAAUCGGACCGGCCGGAGACGUCCUUCGUUGCCUCGCUGGAGCAAUUUUUGAUCCACAAGGCUCCGAAGCUCUCGUCACCGAUUAGGGUCGACACGGCGCGUGGCGAGAGUGAUGAUGAUGUGAGGAAGCUCGAUGAGAUAGUUUUUGAGAGGGAGAGUCGGUGGUUGAACGAAGAUCCGGGAUAUCCUAUCGGGUUUCCGAUUAAGGUUUACGUGUACGAGAUGCCGAAGAAGUUUACUUUCGAUCUUCUCUGGUUAUUUCACAAUACUUACAAAGAGACGUCGAAUGCUACCUCUAAUGGUAGCCCUGUACAUCGCCUAAUCGAGCAGCAUUCUAUUGAUUAUUGGCUCUGGGCUGAUCUGAUCUCUCCUGAAUCUGAAAGGCGUUUGAAAAGUGUCGUGAGGGUCCAUCACCAGCAGGACGCCGACUUUUUCUACGUUCCGUUUUUCACCACAAUCAGCUUUUUCUUGUUGGAGAAGCAGCAAUGCAAAGCACUCUAUAGGGAAGCUUUGAAGUGGGUCACUGAUCAGCCUGCUUGGAAGAGGUCGGAGGGAAGGGACCACAUAUUUCCUAUUCACCAUCCCUGGUCUUUCAAGUCCGUCCGCAAAUAUGUGAAAAACGCAAUCUGGCUGUUACCAGAUAUGGACUCCACUGGGAAUUGGUAUAAGCCUGGGCAAGUUUCGCUGGAGAAAGACCUAAUUCUUCCUUAUGUUCCCAAUGUUGAUAUUUGUGAUGCUAAGUGCUUGGCAGAAAGUGCACCAAUGAGGACCACGCUACUUUUUUUCCGAGGGCGGCUUAAGAGGAACGCUGGAGGUAAAAUACGUGCCAAGCUUGGUGCAGAACUAAGUGGUGUCAAAGAUGUUAUUAUCACUGAGGGGACGGCCGGAGAGGGAGGAAAAUUGGCAGCUCAGGGCGGCAUGCGUAGAUCUUUAUUCUGUUUGUGUCCUGCUGGUGACACACCAUCCUCGGCGAGAUUGUUUGAUGCCAUUGUCAGUGGCUGUAUACCUGUUAUAGUCAGUGACGAAUUGGAACUUCCAUUUGAAGGAAUACUUGAUUACAAAAAGGUUGCUGUGGUUGUUUCUUCUACUGAUGCAAUACAACCAGGGUGGCUUGUAAAUCAUCUGAGAAGCCUUAUACCCUUCCAAGUCAAGGAUUUCCAGAAUAGCCUUGCUCAUUACUCGCGGCAUUUCCUAUAUUCCAGCCCUGCUCAGCCAUUAGGUCCAGAGGACUUGACGUGGAGAAUGAUAGCUGGAAAGCUGGUGAACAUUAAGCUUCACACAAGGAGGACACGACGGGUGGUGAAAGGAUCUAGGAGUAUUUGCAGAUGCGAUUGCUGGAGACCUAACUCUACCGCCUACAAUUCUUUGAGUCCUCUCUUGUCUUAAAGACUAUACAAUCUAUGUAUGCUCCUAAUUAUCUUUGCAACCUAGCAAAAACAAUAGUUUUCAUAUUCGAUCUGCCAGACGUGAUCUUGAGUAUAAAUCGGGUCUUGCAUAUAACAUUGAUAUUCA